UGACAAAUGACAUAUCUCCACGUGCCUCAUCAUGCUUAUUGUUUUCUUGUAGGCUUGGUUUGCAGGAGAGAAGAUAGGUGAAGGAAUGGGUAAAACAAGAAGGGAAGCCCAACGUCAGGCUGCUGAGGCAUCCAUCAAGAACUUGGCUAACGUAUAUAUGUCACGUGUAAAGCCUGAAUCUGGUUCUGCACAUGGAGAUGUUGGAAGAUUUUCUAACACGAAUGAUAAUGGGUUUUUGGGUAAUUUUAAUUUAUUUGGGAGUCAGCCGUUGCCCAAAGAGGAGUCUGUGUCAUUUUCAACUGUGUCAGAGCCAUCUACAGUUCUAGAUCCAAGGCUGGAGGUCUCUAAGAUACCAAUGGGUUCAGUGUCUGCACUUAAAGAAUUAUGCAUGAUGGAGGGCCUUGGAGUUGCUUUUUCAAAGUUGUCUCCAUCACCAGUUAAUUCCAUCCAGAAAGACGAAGUAUAUGCACAGGUUGAAAUUGAUGGUCAGGUGUUAGGAAAGGGGAUUGGGUCAACUUGGGAUGAAGCUAAAAUGCAGGCUGCUGAAAAGGCCCUUGGAAGCCUAAGGUCAACGUUUGGUCAAUUUCCUCAAAAACGUCAGGGAUCCCCAAGGCCAUUGCAAGGGAUGCCAAGUAAACGUCUAAAGCCAGACUUCCCACGAGUUUUACAGCGAAUGCCCCCUUCUGGUAGAUAUCCCAAGAAUGCUCCUCCUGUUCCUUGAAAGCCCUUAGCAUAUGCUUUUUCAUCCCACGCUUUGGCUAUACUAUUUGGUGGGACAUUUUUAUUGUACAUAACAUAGAGACGAGGAAGGGCUGUUGAGAUCCAGGCUGCCACCAAUUGACCACCUUGUUGCCCCAGAUUGACCUUAUCGCUUCAUUUUGAAUUCUUCCAGCACACGAGGAGACAGACUAUCUUGCCAAGUAACCGUAAUUCUCAGAUGUAAAUUUGGUCUUUCCAGUCCUUUGUCUCUGCAUCGUAGGAGACAAGCGAAGAAACAGGGACCGGCUGACUCAAUGUUGUAUCAUUUUUUCCUCCUGAAAAGAUCCAUAGAAGCCUGACAAGAUUAAAACGGGGUGCCAUGUAGGCGUAGCCUUGAUUUCUUUCAUUCUUGUGGCAGAUGAUGCCAUUUCUGUGCCAAGUUAUUUGGCAGAGCCUUCUUGGGGUGGAAUUGCUUAUGAUGUAUAUUUGUUAAGUGGAAGUUGUGCACUGAGAGGCAAUCAAGGGCAGCUUGAGUUUCUGGUUUUGGGUGUACUCAAGAGUCACAGAAGACACUAUCGUUGUCAUUGUCAUAUAGCCCUUCGUCAAUCCCACCAAUCGGAAGAUUACAUUGAAUUUAGAGUGCUGACAUUGGUGAACAUCUUACUGACUUUACCCGAAAUGAUGUAACACAAGUUUUCACUCAUAAAUCCACGCUCGGGAAUUUUUCAUAUUUGCUUGUUAGUUGUUUUGAUGAAAUGCAUCUCUUAUUUCACGUUUCUUUCUUCCCUGUGGGGGAUCAUGCUUUAAUAGAAAUUGUUUCUUUGAUUGAA